AUGCAUCGACUUUUUGCUGAGCUGGAGCCAUCUGUAACCGUCACCGAGCAAAACCUGGCAGACCGAGUUCGGUAUAUCUUGCGCUCAAAUACAUUUGAUGUCACCGAACUCGAACGGCUACGACGUGAGGCUGUUCCUUCAUCGGGUGAAAAUGCUGCGGCUGAGGAUGCGGCGCCACAACUUGCUGAGCAAACGGCAAAUCUGGAUGCCGCCGUGAAUACGCCAGUUGUGGUUGAUUCAAACGAUGAUGGAACAGUCGCCCAGGAACUGGAACUAGAGCAAAUGAGGAGUACAUUGGAAGAGGCGAUUGUGGAAACGCGCAGUACGACUCUCGAAAAUCGACCGCGACUUCCCCGCUUAGCCCAAAGCAAGCAGAAUCGGGCUGUCGUGAGGGCUCUGAACCCAAUGCUGGUUACCUAUUUGGAAGCCAGCCGGGACCUUUGCGAUACGGACUCAAUUCUUUUUGGCGCCGCACUGGCAGUCUGCCGUAUUAUAGGUGCCAAACUUUCCACGGCUGGACGCGCUACUGGACAAAGUAGUGCUAUCCCAGCCUGGAGAAUAAGAAUUGAAGAACGUAUCGCAAAGGCUAGGGGCCCUCAUCGGCAGACUGAUAUGCUUCAGCCGGAUAUAAUGCAAAAACUGACGGAGCGCAUAGACGACCUGAAGCAAAGAAUAGCUGCUUGGGGAAAGCGGAUUCGGCGAUAUACCGAGAGGUCGACACGGUUCAACCAGAAUCGUCUCUUCCAGAGUGAUCAGAAGAGGCUCUAUAAAUCAUUGGAGCGACCAAUAGUAAGUGGAACGGGCCCUGCACCAAAUCAGGCCGACAUGGUCGCAUUCUGGCGCAGCCUGUGGUCAGAGCCCGUAAACCACAACGAGGGCCCUUGGACGGAAGUUGUGGCGAGUCAGUGUGCGAGUAUUACGCCCAUGGACCCCGUCAUCAUAACGCCGGAUGACGUAGCUGAGGCGGUCCGUAGGGCCCCCGAACUGGAAAAGUCCGGGGCUUGA